AUGGCGACGAUUGAUGAAUUGUACAAUUACUCAGCCCAGUUGGAUGGCGCGGAAGACGAAAUUAGUCAGCACACGGAUGUCUUCAAAUCAAUACUGAAAGGUUUCACAGGAACGUCAAGUGAAAAGAGGUUAACAUCUCAACUGGCUGGCAAGUACUUCAAAUAUUUUAAGCAAUUUGCUGAAGAAACUUUGGAGUUCAUGUUCGAUAUGUGUGAAGAUUCUGAUGGUAAUGUUCGCAAGCAAGCUACAAAAGACCUGACAAUUAUAUGCAAAGCCUUUCCUGAGAACUGUCAAAAAGUGAGCGACAUCUUAGUUCAACUCUUGCAAAGUAUCGAUAGCUUGGAGUUGAGUCUUAUGCAGUCACUCAUGUCUCUCUUAAGACUGGACACAAGAGCCACGUUGGCUGGUGUCUUCGGACAGAUAUGUGAUGAAGGAUUGGAUUGUAAUGAAGGAUUGGAUUGUGAUGAAGGAUUGGAUUGUAAUGAAGGAUUGGAUUGUGAUGAAGGAUUUUAUUGUAAUGAAGGAUUGAAUUGUAAUGAAGGAUUGGAUUGUGAUGAAGGAUUGGAUUGUAAUGAAGGAUUGGAUUGUGAUGAAGGAUUGGAUUGUAAUGAAGGAUUGGAUUGUGAUGAAGGAUUGGAUUGUAAUGAAGGAUUGGAUUGUGAUGAAGGAUUUUAUUGUAAUGAAGGAUUGAAUUGUAAUGAAGGAUUGGAUUGUAAUGAAGGAUUGGAUUGUGAUGAAGGAUUGGAUUGUAAUGAAGGAUUGGAUUGUAAUGAAGGAGUGAAUUGUAAUGAAGGAUUGGAUUGUGAUAAAGGAUUGGAUUGUAAUGUCUUCGGACAGAUAUGCAAUGGUGAUGAAAUUGUUCGUAAACGGGCAAUUUUAUUUUUGGCGAACAAAUGCAAGAUAAUUGUCAGUGAAGGAUUGCUGAGCCAGAAAGAAUUGGAAAAAGAAUUUAUAAAUUAUGAAAAAUGUGACAUGGGAAGAGUGUGUCAAUUUAAUAAAGCGCCCAGCCAGGCAGACAUCAACAAUUAUUCAACUUUUAAAUUUUCCCACGUAAAAUGCCUCUUAUUUGCCUUCCACCAUCUGGCCAGGCAAGGUCGAGACUUCCUCGCAUCCGACCAAAAUACUGGUCGACUGAAGAACUUCAGAGCAAGGCUGCAGUACCUUGCAAGAGGUGUGCAGGCAUACACAAAAUCUUUGAACAAAACCCAUUCAACAGAUAACAACCAUGAUGCCAAGAAAAUGGCAGAAAACAUUGCCGCAAUGAUCAAAGAUUUCUUCUUCAAUCCUCCAUCUUACAAGGCUUCCACAAUUUUAUCAUAUAAAAAGGAUGCCGAUGAACAAACAAACAGCGACAGACGAGGGAAGAAAAGACCUACAGCUGCAGCUGUGGAGGCAGCUUCAUUCAUAGGUGGACCGCCAAAAAAGUUUUGUUGGCAGCCAACCAGAUGUGUUCCACCCGCUGGCAACUCUAGAAAAAAUUUCAACAAAAAAAGAAACGUCCCUUCUUUCAGAAAAGCAAACUGA